AUGAUCUUCGACUGUGGCACCUGCCAGAGAAUGUUCCCUGCGGGAUCCAAGGCUCGAGACCAGCAUUGCCAAGCGGCAGGGCAUUCACCCCCAGCAUUUGAGUGUGAUACGUGUUGCUUCUACUUUGAUGACGAGCAUGAUCGACGCGAUCACAUGGAUCUGGAGAACCACUGGGUCCCAGAUGCUCCCGAAUGCAGCUUGUGUUACUUCAGGGCGCCAACGGUACAAGAGGUCAAGCAUCAUGAGUUUGGGCACCACUUCUACUGCGGCGAGUGCAAUCGUGAAUUCCAGAAUUUGAACAACAUCCGCCAGCACCUGAAAUCACGACGGCAUCAGGGUCCCGGGGUCACCUGUCCAUUCUGUGAAGUCUCGUAUGGCACGGCCACGGGCUUGGUCUAUCAUCUUGAAGGCGGCUCUUGCCCCCGAGCUCCCUUGAAUCGUGACAAGAUGUAUCGAGUGAUCCGAGAGCGCGAUCCCAAUGGAGUCAUCUCAAUCAAGGGUCUUGGGUGGUACGGCGACAGGAUCUUUGAGGUCAACCCAACAGACGCGUGGAACUCUCAAUGUCAAGCAUUCGAAUGUUAUCUCUGCCAUCGGCUAUUCAGCAGCCUCUACGGGCUGAGAAGUCACUUGGCAUCACCAAAGCACCAGCAGAAACUAUAUCAUUGCCCAUCUCAAACUUGCCGCAAGGAAUUUGUCACCUUGGCCGCUCUCAUCAACCAUCUCGAGAGCGAAACGUGCAGAUUCAUGCGCUUCCAGCAGAUACAGGCAGAUAUCAAGCAUAUUGUGUCAUCAGACAGGAUUAUCGAGUUUGGGCCCCGGCCUAUAUAG